AUGAGCAAUUUUCUAAACGACAUAACUGAUGCGGUUAAGCUAAUAUCGAAGUCCAUAACCGACCACCUUGAUUCCAAUCAGUUGAAAGCUUUAAAAGAGAUUAAGAUGAGAUGAACAGCGGAAAUCAGUCAAAUUAUCAGUCGAUCAGAACUAAAUAGAAAUCGCUCCUGAAAAGAAAUUUUCCUUGCAUAUUUCUUCCGAGCUAUUUCCCUCAAUAGAGUUUUAAAUCCACGAAUAAAGUUAGUUAAAUUUAUUAUUGGAAAUAUUGAGGAGAUGGAGCCAAAUAAUCCUAUGGUGGAUCCACUUAUAUAUGAAUAUUUUAUUUACAGUUUAAUAAAAGUGGCUUGCCUCGAAAUCGAUAACAAAAGCUGUAAAAAUACAAUUACCCAUGUAAAAAAUAGACUUUUUCAAGUAGAUUGCUCCACUGAGCCAAUAUCUGACGAUUGCAAAAAUUGAAUUCAAAACACCUUUAGGACAUCCUUUUUGGAUGGUCUAUUCAAUGAACAGUUCCCUGAUUGGAGAUCAGAAAUUGAGUGCAUUUUACAAAAGUCAUAUUUUUCUAAUUUUAUGCAAGACUCCGAAAAAGGACUCCUUCUAGAAGACGAUUACAUUUUAUUGCCGGAUAAAUUUAAAGGAAACGAAUCCAAAAAUAAAUUAGGCUUGCUGUUAGCUUUUGCCGAACAAUUCUGGCAGUCAUUAAAUACAAAAAUAAAUACUAAUUUUCCUCAAAAAAGAAAAUGCAGAGAUGAGGAUAAGCCUAAUCUCAAUAAAAAAUUAGAAGACCUUUUAGGAGGGCCCUUAUAUUUUAUCAGCAAUUAUUCUGCUGGCUUUUUAUUGGGCGCUAACCAAAUAGAUCGAAAUAUAUUAAAAGAAGGAUUUCCACAAUUAAAAGAAAACAACGAUUAUUGAACAAAUGUUAUACAAUAUGACACAGUUCAAUUUAAGAAAUCCCAGUUAUGAUCAGACAUUAAUUUAGAAAAUUUUCAAUUAAAAUCAACAACUUUGGUAAAUAUGCAAAAAUAUUAUUAUCAAAUAGACCAAAUUAUAAAAAGAUUUUUAAGUCUCAAUGAGUUUAUUGAUCAUAAAAAUAUGUUUUUUGUGAUUUGUGGACUUUCUAUUCAAGAUAGCAAGAAAUCCACCUGAUACGGACAUUUUAAAAAAUCUGGGCUCAAUCUUUACUGGAAGGCAUUAGAAAAUGAUUACUCAACAAUUAUUAAUUUAACGGAUAAUAGUGCACCUUUUAUGCUCUUUUAUGUGUAUGAUUAUUUUAUUCGAGAAAUUACAUUAAAUAGACAGGAAAAUUCAUGCGAAAGCGAAUUUGAAUUUGUUUCAAAUUUAACAGGCUAUCAUAAACCAUUUUUUCAAAAAUUAAGCACCGAUGAAAUUGAUAAAAUAAAAUGAAUAUUUCUUACAGAAUAUAUCUGAAAAUUUUUUAUGAUUGAUCCUCCUGAAUAUGAAGUCCUGCUUGCUGAUUUUCUUAAUAAAACUUUUAAAUACAAUUUAAGUGAAAACAAUAUUUAUGGAAAAGUAUUAAUAAACAAUUAUACAAUUGUUAACGACUUUUCAUGGAUCGAAAGCGAUAAAAUUAAGCAAGCUGGAAUUAUUUUUUCUUUAGUAAACUGCUUCUAUGAUUUUCUCUUCUUUCAAAAUUUUAGAACGUUCCAGGAUAAAAUCAAAAAUAUAAGGAAUUUACCAAAUAGGGCAGCCUUUCCUUACUUAAAGAAAAUUAAUUUAAAGAUUGCGGAGUUCAUGACAGAAGAGCAAAACUUUAAUGAUAAUUUUGAAAAUCAGAUAAUUAAUAUUCAAUCGUGCAGGAGCUGUGGAGAAGAAUCAAUUUGGAUGCAACCGUACGAUGACGACGAAAUAAAAGAUUUUAUAGAAGAUAUAUAUCCUGACUCUUUCUGUAGUCUUUUAAAGCAUCAUAUAUGAGAUGUUGAUCUAAUUUCUUCAGAUAUUGAAUGAAACGAAAUUAAAGAUCAAUAUGAAGAAAUAUAUAUUGGAAAUGAACGAAAACAUCCUUCAGAGAAUGGAUAUCUAAUUCAAAAUGGCACUUAUGAAUGGGGAAGUGCAUUUAAAUGCUUUCUCCUUCAUUUACCAAAAAUGAUGCAUACAAUCUUAAAAGUUGAAGGUGAUGCAGAAUCGAUAAGAAAAAGAAUUCUUAGCAUUCGAUACUUUUUUAUGGAGAUAUUAACUGAGGAUAUGUAUGAAAUAUGGAAAAAAAUGGCAAUGAAAAAUAAUUCAUUUCAAGCGUUAAUUAUUGAUUAUUUUUAUACUACAAUUGAAUCAUUUUCAUUUGCUGAUAUGCGUGAUGCAAAAUUUUAUUUUUCGAAUAUUAAAAGUCCUUACGAUAAAAUUCAUUUGAUUAGAAUUCGAGACGAAAUAAAAUUAGUUACCAGAAAAUUUCUAAAUUUCGAAAUAAUUAAAAAUUGCUAUGAUGAGAUUUGCGAACAGAUAAAUCUAAAUAAUCAAGAAUACAAAGAUUUGAUUGAAAAUGCUUUAAAUAAGGCGCUUCUUAUAAAAUUUCGUCUUGGAAUAUAUGGUAAAACUACUUGCAACGAUCAAAUAUUCAUUUCAAAUUUUUGGUAUAGGGACGAUGUGGAGUUAAGAGCAGGAGCAAUUUUAGUAACAUUUGUGCAUGAAUUCGCCCAUUUGCUCGGAAGGUCAAAAAUGAAAAAUUUAUCUGAAAAACUUCUAUAUCAAUCACCUAAAAUUAUUAAAUACUCAAAAAACAAAAAUGAAUAUGAGUCUGGAUACCAGAUUGAAAAAAAAAUUUUUGGUGAGCAUUUAGAAAAAAUAUCUAAGCCUGCUGCUCAUUAUAUUCUGACUUUAGAGAAUAUUGAGAAUUUAGAACAAUUUCAAAAAGAAUUCAAAGAAGAAAAUCACAUGAAAGGAGCUGAGUUUAUAAAGUUAAAUAAAAAAGAGGAUAUGGGAGACGACACUAUAGAGCUUGGAGAAUGUGGCAAUAGAAGGCCUACAAUUAAUCGCAACUUAUUUAAAGAUAAUUAA